AUGACGACACUCUUCGCCGCAAUCAUUUUUGUUGCGGCACUUAUAUCCUCGGUCAUUUCAUCGGUCAAUGCGCUCAGCGGCUCCGCCACCACCGUCUCUGUCAGUUACGGCGCGAGCCCCACCGUCUGCGGUGUCGUCGCUGGUCAACCGAGUCAACGAAUCCAAUGUUGGCGUAACGGAGGAGUUUUUGAUGUCUUCUCGAACAUCUCCUUUGAGUCUAUCACCGGCGGUCGUGAUGUAUUCUGCGGCGUUAGGUCCGGCGGAUCCACGCUCGUCUGUUGGAACUCUACCUUAAUUCCAAAACGUAUUUACUACAACGAAACGGUACUCUUGCGGCAUUUAACCAUAGGAGACUCUCAAAUUUGUGCGAUUACGAAUAGUAGUAAUGGAAACGUUUAUUGUUGGAGGAGCAAUGACGCGUUUCCAUCUCAAAAUAGUCAAUUCCGAUCGAUUUCGUCGGGAUUAGGGUUCACUUGCGGUGUCACGUUAAACGACACCAGCGGGAUAAUCUGUUUUGGAACGAAUUCAGUAACGGCGGGAGCUAUUCAAGGUAAUUUUACGAAUUCAAGCUUGUUAACUAUCGCCGUCGGUGGUAAUCAUGCCUGUGGAGUAAACUCUACUGGUUUUUUGAUUUGUAGAGGUAAUAACGAAUAUGGACAAAGUAAUGUACCAGAUCAUUCGCCAUUUGAAUUUUCUGCACUCGCGCUUGGUGCGAAUCAUACUUGUGCUUUGCGAAGAUUAAAUAAUUCUGUAGUCUGUUGGGGUGGUAGAGGAGGGGAUAUGGAUAACUACACAGCUAGUGUAUCAUUUGAAACUAUUGUUGCUGGGUUGGAUUUUACGUGUGGAUUGACAACUAAUAAUUUCUCUGUAAUCUGUUGGGGAGAAGGAUGGCUUAGAAAUAUGUCGAAUCCGUUAGGUUAUGAGCUUCCAUUGAAAAGAAUUCUUCCAGGUCCUUGUGUUCGAUCCAAUUGCAAUUGUGGCAUAUAUCCCCAGUCGCAAUCGCUUUGUUCUGGGUUUGGAUCCAUAUGUAGGCCUUGUGACAUAACUACUUUGUCUCCACCACUUCCACCACCACCACCACCACCAAUGCCGCCUGGAGGUAGUAAUGUACCUAGGUCUUCGCGCUCAAGAGGGUUGACAAGGGGUUUAUUGGCAUUUGCCAUUGUUGGAUCAGUAGGGGUUGUUGCCGGUAUUUGUACCAUAAUUUAUUGUUUGUGGACUGGUGUUUGUUUUGGCAACAAGAAGAUACACAACUCUGUUCAACCCACAAUCACCGGCUCUAAUAACAAUGCUGCUCAACAUUCAAUCGGCAGUCCAGUUUCAAGGUCAUCUACUAUUAGACGACAACUGUCAAGAGGUUUCAGGCGACAAAGAAGCGGGACUUCUUCAAAACAAGCAGAAAAAGAAGAGGAAUUCACGUUUGCUGAUCUUGCUCUAGCCACAAACCACUUUUCUCUAGAGAAUAAGAUUGGUGCAGGGAGUUUUGGCAUUGUGUACAAAGGCAAGCUGAUAGAUGGUCGGGAGGUUGCCAUUAAGAGAGGGGAGACGAGUGACAAAACCAAGAAAUUUCAAGAGAAGGAAAGCGCGUUUAACUCUGAAUUGGCAUUCUUGUCUAGGCUUCAUCACAAACACUUGGUCAGGCUCGUUGGUUAUUGCCAUGAAAGGGAAGAGAGGCUUUUAGUUUAUGAUUACAUGAAAAAUGGAGCUCUCUAUGAUCAUUUACACGACAAGAAGAACGUGGAGAAGAGUAGCAGCUUAUUGAAUUCUUGGAAGAUGAGGAUUAAGAUUUCUUUAGAUGCUGCUUGGGGUAUAGAAUACCUUCACAACUAUGCAGUUCCUCCCAUAAUACACAGAGACAUCAAAUCAUCCAACAUUCUCCUGGACGCCAAUUGGGUCGCAAGGGUUUCUGAUUUUGGGUUAUCACUAAUGGGUCCUGUGUCUGAUCGUGAGUACAGACCAACAAAAGCAGCCGGGACGGUUGGCUACAUUGAUCCAGAAUACUAUGGACUCAAUGUGCUAACUGCCAAGAGUGAUGUCUAUGGUCUUGGAGUCGUGCUACUUGAGCUUUUAACCGGAAGGAGAGCAAUAUUCAAGAGUACAGAAAUUAACGCGGGUGCACCAAUUAGCUUGGUGGACUACGCGGUACCUAUAAUCAUGGCGGGAGAAUUAGGGAAGAUAUUGGAUAAGAGGGUGGGACCGCCGGAGGUGAAUGAGGCGGAGGCAGUGGAGCUGAUGGCAUACACUGCCUUACAUUGUGUGAACACAGAGGGUAGAAAUAGACCAAGCAUGACUGACAUUGUGGCUAAUUUGGAGAGAGCUUUGGCACUAUGCAGCGACAGCCAUGGCAGCAUCUCUAGUGGUAUGUCAAUACCUUCCGAUUGAAUUAGUUUCUAU